AUGGAUCGCAUGGAUUUCUCCCAAAAAACCCUCCGCGACUACGACGUGCUGGGCGUGAUGCGCAACGGCUCGUUCGGGGCCUUGUUCAAUGUGCGGGACAAGAGCUCCGGCGAGCUGUUCGCCUUGAAGGCCAUCAGCUACGACGAGCUGGACGAGAUCAAACGCGGGGCGCUGUUCUCGGAGCUUACCAAGCUCCGGGAACUGCAGCACCCUAACAUUGUGCAAUACCAUCACCAAUUUGACAAUCGGGUGAUGCAGGUAUUGCAUAUUGUUACGGAGUGCUGUGCCGGCGGCGAUCUCGCCCAGCUUGUCGAGCGGGCACGGACACAGCGACGCCGGUUGGAGGAGCGCUAUAUCUGGCGGGUGCUCGUCCAAGUGUGCCGUGCCCUGCGUCGGUGCCACUACGUCCAGGAGGGAGCGAUCCUGCACAGGGACGUGCAGCCGUCCAACAUAUUCCUGGACGCUGCCGGCAACGCCAAGCUGGGCGAGUUUGGCCUGGCCAGAAUGUUGAGGGACCUAACCCUCGACGCUUCGGACGUGGGCACUCCGGACUACAUGAGUCCGGAGCUGCUCCGCGGCGGGAUAUCCGACCGGAAGAGCGACGUGUGGGCCCUGGGCUGCGUGGUGUACGAGAUGUGCGCCCUGCGUCCACCAUUCCAUGGGCCCACCUUCGCUCAGCUGUCCGCCCAGGGCGUGUUCCGUCGGAUUCCUGCCGUGUACGGUUCCGAUCUACAGGAGACCAUCUCAGCUAUGCUGGCCCGAGCUGGGCGGCCGUUUCCCGACCCUCGUCGAGGCUGGUGA